CAGGAGGGGAGGAUCCUACAGAGCUGGCUGAAGUCUGUUUCGCAGCUUUCUGGAGUCGGGCACAUGAACUUGACGGUCUGAGCAAAAAGAAAUCCAGGGCCCCAUCUCGCUCGCUUGAUGGAGCUCGGGACCCCCGUCCAAGAGAAGCCGCCCCCCAACUCUCUAGAGAAGCCGCCCCACAACGCUGUAGCCGUCAAUCAGGAGGAUCCGGGGCCAAGCGGCUGCAGGAAGCGAUGCCCGUGGAUUCCUUCCAACUUCUGGGAGGAGGCAAAGAAGAUACUGGUGCUGGCAGGACCCCUGACGAUCAUCCAGCUACUGGUGUUUAUGAUCCAUGUUGUCAGCUCAAUAUUCUGUGGCCAUCUCGGCAAGGUGGAACUGGCAUCAGUCACGCUUGCCAUUGCAGUGAUAAACGUAACAGGUAUCUCUGUCGGAUUCGGUUUGUCUUCAGCCUGCGAUACGUUAGUAUCACAGACCUAUGGCGGGAAGAACAUGAAGCGUGUGGGGACCAUCCUGCAACGGGGGGUCCUCAUCCUUCUGCUUUGCUGCUUCCCCUGCUGGGCCAUUUUCAUCAACACGGAACAGUUCCUCUUGCUCAUCCGACAGGACCCGGAAGUCUCCAGACUCACUCAGGUUUACGUUAUGAUCUUCAUUCCGGCACUUCCUGCAACCUUUAUUUAUCAGUUAGAGACGAGGUAUUUGCAAAACCAGCGGAUCAUCUGGCCUGAGGUCUUGUGUGGCACCGCGGGCAACAUCGUCAACCUGAUUGCAAACUACGUCUUCCUCUAUGAGCUGGAGAUGGGGGUCAGGGGCUCUGCCUGGGCUAACACCAUUGCCCAGUAUUCGCAAGCCAUCAUCCUCUUCCUGUACAUCCGAUGGAGAAAGCUCCACGUGGAGACCUGGGGAGGCUGGUCCACCGAAUGCCUCCAGGAAUGGGACGUGUUCAUGGCCUUAGCGGUCCCCAGCAUGCUCAUGACCUGCAUUGAAUGGUGGACCUUUGAAAUCGGAAGCUUUCUGAUAGGCCUGCUAAGCGUCGUGGAUUUGUCAGCUCAAUCCAUCAUUUAUGAAGUGUCCACCGUCGUUUACAUGAUUCCGUUUGGGAUUGGCACAUCGGCCAGCGUCUUGGUGGGCAACGCCUUAGGGGCUGGCAACGAGGAGGAGGCCAAGAGGACUUCGGUGGUCGCCCUUAUGUGCACAGUGGGUUUUGCCCUCCUGAUGGGUGUCAUCUUGAUGGGGACGAAAGAUAUCCUAGCCUACAUCUUUACCAGUGACGAAGAGAUCACGGCGCUCGUGGCCUGGGUGAUGCCAGUCUAUGUGGCCUUCCACCUCUUCGAAGCCCUCUGCAGUUCGGGCAGCGGAAUUUUACGCGGGACGGGCAAGCAGAAGCUGGGCGCCAUUUUCAACGCCAUCGGCUAUUACGUGGUGGGCUUGCCGAUCGUGGUGGUGCUGCUUUUCGUGGCCAAAAUUGGGCUGAUAGGGCUUUGGCUGGGCAUGCUGAUUUGUGCCUUCAUCCCCUGCACCUGCUGCAUCGUCUAUGUCUCCCGGAUGAACUGGAAGCAGGCAGCUGAGGAGGCUCAGCGCCGUGCAGGAUUGUCUGAGAAGCACCCUGAGGAUUUGGACUCUGCCUCCUUACCUGCUAAGGCAGCUCCCUUCUCAGCAAAAACAGACGCUGAGAACGGAGCCGUUCUGCUGAGCAUCACCAAGACGGACGGACCAAGCUACCACAUUCGGAGCCCGGAGGAGACACCCAGCCGCUCCACUGUUCUAACUACGAGGCAGCUGAUUGUACACCGGGGACUGGCUGUUGCAGCUGCCGUCGCUGUUUUGGUGGUAGGAAUCGUGGUACGGUGCUUUACUAUCGCCGAUUGAGUGCCUCGGUUUUUGGCGCAGGGGAGAAACGGAAGAGCCCCAUCAACAAAGCAAGAAGCAGGAAAGGCAGGGAGCUGGAGACGGUGCGUCGUCCUUUAAGUCGUCCAACCAUGGGCUGAGAUGCCGGUGGAAUUUGAAUUCUGUCCCUGCAAAACCCCAAACUGGCACUUCCUUACGAUCACUGGACACCAGGAAGUUGUGUGGGGAGUCCUCUGUGGGGAGCCAGUUUGGUGUAGUGGUUAAAUGUAUGGACU